AUGGAGGCGCCGGCCUCCAGAGUCACUCAAUGCCUGCUGGCAGCCCCCACCGGCGUUCGACAGCUGUCUCAGCGGCCCAGGGCAGCGCCCGCCGCAGGGUCUAGGCGACUGGGAGGGGCCGUCCUUUGCGUUGUGGCGCCCGACAAGCACUCCCAGCCGCAGCCCCGAAAGAAAUUGGAUUGGUCGAAUUCUGGGACGAAGGAGGCGAUUGGAGAAGGGGCCGUGCUUGAGGGGAGCAAGGCGUCGCGAGCGAGGAGCAAACUGACUCGGGAGGAGGCAAAGCAGGAAGUGCGGGCGGAACGGGACGCCCAGUGGGCAAGUGAUGUGGACGGGGUGAAAAUGCGAAACAGUGGAGCUCUGUCAGCUGGGGUUCAAUGGUACAGUAUUUGGACAGCAAAGGGUUACGAAGAUAGAGUGGCAGAUUUGCUGCAGCAGGAUAUGGCUAAGCUACCACCUUUGAGGUCCAAAGAUGGGUCCCUGAAGCCCAGAUUCUACACUGUGUGGGCUCCCAAGAAAAAGAUUAUGGUGGCAACCGCAAGGGGAACUAUUGCACGGACUGUCCGAUAUGGCAUGGAGAAUACGGGCGAGUGGGUGCUCCUUGAAUGCAUAAUGGACAAUGAUGUGUUCCAGCUGGUCAACAGCAUUCCCUCUGUAAGGGGCUUCCGACACAAGCACCCCCAGGCGGAUUGGGUUCCAUUGCCCUGUUCUGAUGAGCUGGUGCUAGAAAUCCAAGACUGGUUGUGGGACCCCGAAGACAAGGAUGAAAGCAGCAAGCAGCCUGAAGGGCGUGACUUGGGGGAUGUGGAGGAGAAAAAUGAUGAGGAUGUAGCGAGUGUUCCCCUUGACGUUAUGGAAGAUAUUGAGAAAGCCUUUGGCCAUGGUGGCAAGAACAUCGACACUUGGGAAAAGCCUAGAAGCAAGUCGCGACAAAGGCGGGGCAGGAGUGGCCGGGGCAGGAGUGGCAGGGGCAGGGCAGGGAAGGGCGGGGGCAUGGGCCGUACAGGAAGGAACAGGUCCCAUAAUCGCCAGGAGGACAGGGGAAGCCAAGAUGAGGUAAGGAGGGAGACAGUUACUUGGUACGAAGGUCCUGGUGAGCCAGCCGACCCCUGGUCCCAGUGGCAAGAGGAUUUGCAGGAGCCAACGAGCAUCAAUGCGAGACAGGAACAAGAGGAGGAGGUCAAUAGAGACGAUGGCUGGAUGGGCCCCGCUUUGUCUGAUCCUGGCAAUCCCUCUUCUCAAUGGUUUGAAGAUGAGGUUUCCAACACAGAAGAUGGAGCUGUAGGAUGGAUGGAAGCAACGCGUCAAGCUGCGGAUGAUGUUCAGCGAAAGUCUUCCUUGACAGAGGCCAAUGCUUUUGAGGCAUUGAAUUCAGCUCUUACUGGCCUCGAAGAGGAUUUGGAUGAACAGGGGGCAAGUGAAAUACAUGCGAUUGAAGGCACCAAUACUCCUCAGAAUCAGAAUGAAAGGGAAGAUGCUAGUGGUGCUACUCACGUAGCAGAGCACGAGAUGGAGCCAGCUCAAGUGUCUGGUGAUGACGAUUGGGCACUGUAUGGGGACUGGAGAUCAGAAGCCUCUGCUGCUGAGGAGCAACCCAGUCCUGUGCAGAGCACAGUGGACAGCACGACAAUGGACAGUCCAGGAAGAGAAGAUGCGAGCGUCGUUUCAAGUGAACAGGCGGCAGCACGUGAUGAUGGUGGUGUAGGCACGAACAAGAAGAAAAGAGGACGUCCCCGGAAGUCUUUGGUAAAGCCUUCGACAGCAUCUUCAGGAACGUCCUUCAGUGAGGGAGAUAGUGUGUUGGUGGUCAGUGGCACAUUUGAAGAGUUCAAAGGCACUGUGAUCAAAGUAGGGAGGAAGACGGUGGACGUCAAUCUGGAUAUUUUUGGCCGGACUACGACAGUGGCAAUUGAUAAACAGUGCUUAAAGAAAACUUCCUGA